AUGCACGAGCGCGGCGUCGUGCACUGCGACCUGAAGCCGGGGAACGUCCUCGUCGGCAAGGAGGAUGGCCGGGGCCGUGGCCGGGCCGUGAAGAUCUGCGACCUCGGCCUCGCCAGCUCGGCGACCGUGCCGCCCCCGGACACCUCGGGGCCCGUCCAGGGCACGCUCUGGUACAUGGCACCGGAGCAGCUCACGGGUGACACGGAAUGCAGCGCGCCCGUGGACCUGUGGUCACUCGGGUGCGUCAUGGCGGAACUCGUCGCCGGGAAGCCGAUCUUCCAGGGGAGUGAUGUGUUCGAGCAGCUGGGCGAGAUCGUCCAUCUCCUCGGGAUCCCGGACGAGGUGUCGUUGAUGUCGCUAGGUGUGUCGCCCUCGACGCCGAGCCACCUACGGGACGCGGUGCCGGAGGAACGGCUCUCGCCGGCUGGCUUCGACGUCCUGCGCGGCCUGCUGGAGUUCGACCCCAGGGACAGGCUCACCUCCGCGGCCGCGCUUCAGAUGCCGUGGUUCACGGGGAAGGAUGAUGACGACGCUCCAUCACCUGCAGGUGCGUGA